AUGGUUAGCCAGAGCCAUAGCUACGUAGUCGGUACGUGGGACGAGGGUGAUGUACUUACCCACAACCCCGAGACGACGACAACACCACCGCCUACUCUUCCGGGCCCUCCAUAUGGAUACUCCCUGCGUCACCAACGCCCUGCUGACCCGCCUGCGCCGUCUUUGCCUGGCCCACCGGUCUUACCUGCGGAUGUGCCCCGACGCGACGACGAUGGAAACUGGUUAAUCUACCUAUACGAAGAAGGUACCCUAGUAGUAGUUGAAAACGCGCGUUACGCAGUUGAAGAAGCGAAUCAACCUUGGCGUCUCACAUACGACCCCAGCGGCGCACACGCUCGUCGAUCACAAUCUACCGGGCAGUACCAAUCGCAAAGGGAGCUCCUCCAGCUCACCACCACCGAGCUCGCCGGAGGUUCCGGGGUAGGUCAACUCGACCGCGACGAGUAUCCACCCGCGAUCGCACGCGAAGGCGGAACAGGGGCAGUCGUUACCUACAUCGAAGCUGGUGAUAACCGUAGAGCUGGUAGCUUGAUGGGACAACAGUUCGCUAAUUAUAGAGCGGAUCCGCAGCCCGAUGGACAUGCGCCGCUCCGACCGGGGGAUACGUUCCGGUAUGCGAUUAUUCAUGAGAAUAUGGCUGCUGUUGAGUAUCUUGGAGACGGUCAUGGUGAUGAGACGCAGAUUGAACGGCCUCCCACGGAUUGA